CGGGGCGGGAACAAUAAGCAGACGAGAGUCCCGCUCGAUCCUUAUUGCUGAAUGAAAAAAUGGAACGUCAGAUAUCUCCGUUCUGUGAUUUGUGGAAGAUAUAGUGCGGAAGUGAAACAGUGGUUUUUGGUAUCAUUCCGGAGGACAUGAACGCAUCACAAUAAUAGAUAGACAAAUAUAAUCAAUUAAUGGGAAACAAAACAGCGGCAUAUUACACUCCAACCAAAACAUCACGACACCUGUUGAAAUGGAGAGUCGUAGCACAGUAACACGGAGGCCGAGAAAUCAACGCAUCAGAUUCAUCAAAUGACAUGUAGCCUACUUCGGAAAGCACCACCCCUGUUUGUUAAACCGUAGGCUAUUACUAGCCUAGGUGUGUGGCGUCUGGUGGUAGGCUCGGAGACGUUCAGCGUUGGUGUCAAAAGUUCCACAUCAACGAGCUCCGAUUCUUUCUUGAAGGUGGGACGGUCUGAGUCGCCCCAAUGGCUCACGCCCGUUUCCCUGAGAGGACUGCAGACGUGGCUGCUAACCUUACUUCACCCGUGCUGGGUCGGCCACUUUGCGCUAACGGAACGCCUUGGAUCUUAUAUAUUUUCGAAGAAUGCGUGGAGAAUGUGUGGGAAUACUGGAGUGUAGUCAUUGGUCUGAUCUCCAUGUUCUGUUUCUUGCUGUCUACUCUACCGCAAGUCUAUGAGGCCUAUCGCAAUGGUAAAGUGGAGGAAGCCAUGUCAUUUGGCUUUCCUCUCUUCCUCUUCAGCGGGGACCUGAGCAGUCUAAUAGGUUGUGUGCUAACCAGCCAGCUGCCAAUCCAGAUUGUGGCAGUAGUGUUCUACAUUUUCACAGAUCUCCUCCUCAUCUCCCAGUUCAUCUACUACAAGAUCAAAAACCGUUCAUCCAAAAAGAGCACCAUGUUGAAGUGGCUGUGUUUCCUGUGGUGCAGCAUAUCCACUGUGGCCCUCCUGAUUCUCCCCAAAUUCAUCACAGACAACAACACCUCUGUCAACACUCAGAGUACCUCUAACAGUCUUGAGCUCUCUGGUUAUGCUUGUGGUUACCUGGCAUCUAUAUUCUACCUUUCUUCUCGUUUUCCACAAAUCUACAAAAAUUUUAAGCGUCAGUCCACAGAGGGCACGUCGUACAUGCUGUUCGCCUUGGCCAUGAUGGGCAACGGAACCUACGGACUCAGUGUCAUGGUGGUCCUUCCAGCUUUGACAGGUUCCAAGCAGACGUUCAUCUUGAAACACCUGGCCUGGCUCAUCGGAAGUCUGGGAGUCCUCGUCCUCGACGUGGUUGUCACCACCCAAUUCAUCAUCUACAGGAAGAACUGUUCCGGUAAAACAAUCAAGAAAUUGAAGGUUCCUGAAGUAGAACCUCUGCUCUGUGAAGAGGAGGAGCUGUCCACAUUCUAGAAUGAAAUGAAAUAGAAUUUUGGAAUUUGUAGAGUGAGAAUACAUGAUUGAAGUUCUAAUGUUAAGCGUCUUUGGGUCAUUGAAAAGCGCUAUAUAAAUCCCAUGUAUUAUUAUAUUAUUAUUAUUAUUAUUAAUGUCAGAACAAUAUGAGCCAUCAAACAAUUCUCUCCAUAACGUUGACUGGAGAUCCUUAUAGACCUAGAAUAAUCCAAAAAAUUUGAUUCUACACCAACAUUUCAUGUAUUAAGUACCACUGAAUUAAAAGGGGCAUCUUUAGAAGAAAGUAAUCUCGUUAGAGCUUUUUUUUAAUGGGGGAUGAUAUAAUAUCUAUAUUCCCUAUGUUAUCUCUAGAGUGUUAGCAUUUUAAUAGGAUCCCAUUUGCUGCUGGGUUCAGGUCAGUUUAAUUUCAGUCAAUUCAAUAUGUUAUAUGUCUCUUUCAAAAGCAUUUGUGAGUUUGAAUUCAGGUGUACUUCCUAAAUUGACUGGAAUGAAAAUGUUAUUUUCCCAACCCUUGUUAGUUCUUAGACUACCAGCCUAUUGAGCGUCUGUCAUUGCACUAGUUUUUCAGUGGUUAUAUAUUUUUUUUCCUGAGGUCAAUCCAUCAAUUAGGAGUUGCUGUUUUUGAUAAUAAUAGUAAGCUGACCUGAAGUCAAGACUAUAAAUGUACUUCCAUAAUGUAUGGAAUAACUUUGAGAACUUUGUUUAUCAAA